AUGUAUAACGCACAUCGCGGGAUGGUUCCUGCUCCCAACUCCCGGUUGAACGAGUUGCUGGAGCAGCUGCGCCAGGAAUUCGAGAACCAGUCCCGCAGCACCGGCGAGUUUGAACAUCAACUGACCGGGCAACUUCAAGAGAUGGAAAUGAUCCGGCAGAAGGUCUACCAGCUUGAGCAAGCGCAAAUCAAGAUGAAGCAAGACUAUGAGGCCGAAAUCCGAGUCUUGCGACAUGAGCUCGAGUCGCGUGGCGUGCAAACCGUCCCAUCUCACGUUGGAGGCCCGCAGCAGCCGCAUGCUGGCCCUUCCCAGGCCCCGCCUGCCCUGGGACACGGGCCUAGCAACCUGUUCGGUGGGAUCAUGGCCAACCAAGGAGGUAGUGGUCCCGGUCUUGCCCCUCCCCCUCCCCAGGAUCAGCAGCCUCCCCAGCAUAACCUCCAGCAGCCUGCUCCCGCGGCGCAGCAAGGACCGCCGCAGCCUCCGCAGAGCUCUUAUGGAGGGUAUCAGCCUGGUGCUGCUGUGAACGGUUAUGGACCUCCUCCUCCACCGACGGCCUCGCCGGGACCUGGCAAGGGUCGCGGUCGAGCUCCUCCGGGACCUGCGACCCCACAACAGACUCACCAGCUGGCCUAUCCGGACCCUCGGGCAUCGCCUCAGAUCGCCCGGCCUACGCCUCCCAAUCAGGCUCUCGUCCGUGAACGGCCCGGGAAUAUGCUGGCCAAUUGGAACCCGGACGACUUGCCACCUUCGCAGAAGAAGGAAGGUCCGGAUUGGUACGCGGUGUUCAACCCGGAAGUGCAGCGAGUCCUGGACGUCGAACUCGUCCACCAUCUGGUGCAUGACAGUGUCGUCUGCUGCGUGAGAUUCAGUCGAGACGGUAAAUACGUGGCGACGGGCUGCAACCGAUCGGCUCAGAUCUUCGACGUGGCCACGGGCCAGAACGUCGCAACUCUCCAGGACGACUCUGUCGACAAAGACGGAGACCUCUAUAUCCGUAGCGUCUGCUUCAGUCCGGACGGCAAGUACCUUGCCACUGGUGCUGAAGACAAACAGAUCAGGGUUUGGGAUAUUGCUACUCGAACCAUCAAGCAUGUCUUUACCGGACAUGAACAGGACAUCUAUUCCCUUGACUAUGCUGGAAACGGUCGCUACAUUGCCUCUGGUAGUGGGGACAAGACGGUGCGCUUGUGGGAUGUCUUGGAGGGCAAGCUCGUAUACACCCUCAGCAUUGAAGACGGUGUCACCACAGUGGCUAUGUCUCCUGACGGUCAUUACGUGGCCGCUGGCUCUCUCGACAAGAGUGUCCGGGUCUGGGAUACCACGACCGGUUACCUUGUGGAAAGACUGGAGAGCCCCGACGGCCACAAGGACAGCGUGUAUUCGGUUGCGUUCGCGCCUAAUGGCCGUGACCUGGUCAGCGGCAGUCUUGACAAGACGAUCAAGAUGUGGGAGCUUACUGCACCAAGAGGCCUCCUGCCUGGAAGCGGCGUCAAAGGGGGCAAAUGCGUGCGAACCUUUGAAGGCCACAAGGAUUUCGUGCUCAGUGUCUGCUUGACGCCGGAUGGACAGUGGGUCAUGAGUGGUUCCAAGGACAGGGGCGUUCAGUUCUGGGACCCGAACACCGGAAAUGCCCAAAUGAUGCUCCAGGGUCACAAGAACUCUGUUAUUUCUGUUGCUCCCAGCCCUACCAACAAUCUGUUCGCGACUGGUAGUGGCGACAUGCGUGCGAGAAUUUGGAGGUACUCGACUUAUACUGGACGGUGA